AAGUCUUUUCCAAAUCAAUUACAUGCUUAACAAGGGUCAGCUAUUGUAUUUUCUAUUUUCUUCAAAUAACUAGGUAUAUUCAUCUAGCAAAAAUGCGCACUAUACGGCCAAUAUUUACAACAGCUAGACCUGCGUAUUACAAUACCGAUACACCAAUAAAAUACACUACUUCAUUCUCCAACCGCAAAAAAGAAAAAAAGUUGAAGCUUCAAAACGUCUCCAGCAACAACAGGCCGCAAAAGCUUCGAAAUUUGAGGCUUUUCAGGAACCGCCAUAACGACGGUAGGCCACAAAGGCAUUUUUGCUGAGACUCCAGUUCAAGCGCCAUUUGCCUGCCAUUGGCCCUUUUCUACUUUUAAUUCCAGUCUCAAUUCACGGUCUCGCGCCUUCGCAAUGGCAGAAAUCAGCGCAAAACGAAGAAAGCUAAGUAUUGGGGAUGGAGCUCAACAACCUACCAGAAAUGGAACCAAAUGGAUGGAAAGCCGGUCGCGAUCGGAUGCCCCUACAGCUGAGCUUGCCGUUGCCAGCGGAGUGUUCAAGUCCAAUGUCUUCAAGUUGCAGGUGGAUGAAUUGCUCUCGCAACUCCGGCCAGACCAUGGCAAGCUACAUUCCCGAGUCGAAAAGCCGUUGCGGAAGCUGAAAAGCAUAAUCGAAAACAUACCAGCUAUCCCUCCCAAAACCGUGUCUGAGGCGGAGAAGGAGCUGCGAAAGCGAUCGGGGGUUAUUGCUCCAUUCCCAGACCCACGUCCUGCGAAGGAUACAAAGUAUACACUGGAAUAUGCCGCACCUGCGAAUAUCAACGUCGUUGGGAGCUUUGCAGUCAAGACCGAAAUAAAAUCGAAGCUUACAACAAUUGAUCUCGCUGUCACUAUCCCGCGUUCCCUGUUCCAAAAGAAGGAUUACCUCAAUUAUCGAUACUUCCAUAAACGUGCAUACUACAUAGCAUGCAUUGCAGCAGGGAUUAAAGAAGCCGCGGAGCCAGGUUUUAAGAUAAGCUGGAGUUACCAAGAUGGGGAUACACUGCGUCCUGUUAUUCUGGUGGAACCCACAGAGGGUGCCGAUGAAGCCUUCAUCCGCUCCAAAUCCCGCAUCCGCAUCCUCACUGCCAUCGAGGAGGAUAUUUUCCCGACCUCCGUCACUGUUCCCACCAGCAACAACAUUCGAAAGAAAAAUGCGGAUCACGCUCAACAACAAGAUUCUACUCAGGCAGUGGACCAUGCCCCUACCCCAAUAUACAACGCUGCUAUUCGAUCUGAGGCAUCUGUUUCGGGCUUCUUGAGACUUCAAUAUGCGGCAAGUGUCAAGUGUCCAGCCUAUCCGGACGCAUGUAUCCUCGGACGAAUUUGGCUUCAGCAGAGAGGCUUUGGAACCUCCUUUACACAAGGUGGUUUCGGCCAUUUUGAGUGGGCGACUGUCGUGGCUUUGCUUCUUGAAGGAGGCGGUCCUAAUGGGAAACCGCUUCUCUCCCCGAGUUACAGCAGCUAUCAAAUCUUCAGGGCAACAAUUCAGUUCCUUUCUGGCAAGAAUCUUACCCAACCAUUCAUGUUGGAUGCAGCUGGGAUCUCGAAGCUCCCACCAUCUGACGUGCCCGUUUUCUUUGAUGGAAAAAGAGGCGUGAACAUCCUUUAUAAAAUGUCCUCCUGGUCCUACGCCCUACUACGCCACGAAUCUCUUACGACGCUGAAAAUGUUAAACGACUCUCUUUGCGACAAUUUUAACGGAGUUUUCAUUCUCAAAGUUGAUGAUCCUCUCUGCAGAUUUGACCAUCUUAUCUCUAUAUCUCCGCAAACUGCUCUCUCGUCAACUCUUCGCAUGGUUAAAUACCAAUCGUCUAUCUACAAAACCCUGUUAAAGGCCUUGGGCGACAGAGCUAAACUCAUCAAUCUUUCCAUUCCAGACACCCCUGCCUGGCCCGUUGAGCUGGGUGCCCGCCCUUCCACCAAGGAAAAUGGACCAUCAAUCACCUUAGGUUUAUUGCUUGAUGCUGAACAUUGUAACCGGAUAGUUGACCACGGCCCUUCAGCUGAGGAUAAAGAAGCCGCUGCUGCAUUCCAAAAGUUCUGGGGAGACAAAUCCGAACUCAGGCGGUUUAAGGAUGGGAGUAUCGUGGAAAGUUUGGUGUGGUCCGAUCGCCAGUCAGACCCACCAAUUGUGCAACAAAUUGUGGCCCAUAUCUUGAAGUUGCAUUUUGGCCUUGAUGAAAGCCGCAUCACUUUUGCAAGCUAUGGCCUCGAUGCAGAAUACUUCAACGGCGUCGGCGCAUUGAACCCCACUGCUCCUUUUCAACCUUAUAUGGAUGCUUUCAGUUCUCUUGAAAAAUUGCUCCAGGGCAUCGAUGGCCUUCCGCUCACAUUACAUCAGCUCUCGGCAGCUAGCCCUCUAUUGAGGUAUACAGCAACCCAGGUUUCGAGCAGCGGUUUAGUGCAAAACACUCCUGCCGAUAUCCUCCUCCAGUUUGAAGGCUCAACACGGUGGCCAGAAGACCUGACCGCCAUCCAAAUGACAAAACUAGCCUUUUUACUAAAGAUUGCUGAACUUCUACAAGACUCCGGGGAAGUAGCCUCCUGCCAAGUAGGCCUAGAGAAUGAAAACAGCAAGAUCCUCAACACUUCGUUCCUCGACAUCGUUCUCCCAAAUACCAUCACAUUCCGCCUUCGCAUCUACCACGACAGAGAACAAACUCUAUUGGAACAACAAUUGAAAAAGAAAGACCUAGCAGCGCGCCAAAAGGAAGAAUUAGCCUCUGCCCUCGCCACACACAGGCGCGCUUUCAUCCAAGCCCCCCGACACACACAAACAAUCCGAACCCUCUCGACCCGUUUCCCCCUUCUCUCCCCAACCAUCCGUCUAGUGAAAAAAUGGGCAAACUCCCACCUCCUAACCCCUCACCUCCGCGACGAAUUCUUAGAACUGAUCGUCUGCCGCAUCUUCGUCCACCCAUACCCCUGGGAUGCCCCCUCUAGCGUCAUUACCGGUUUCCUUCGCACCCUUCACUUCCUCUCCCACUGGGACUGGCAACUGGAGCCGUUAAUUGUUGAUCUAAACCAGGAACUGACAUCACAGCAAUUAUCUGAGAUCCAAACGCGCUUCGACGCCUGGCGAAACAUCGACCCGAUGAUGAACACCGUCACCCUUUUUGCCGCGUCUAACCUUGACCCCGACGGUGUCACCUGGACCCAGUUUUCGAAGCCGCCACGAGUUGUCGCGGCGAGGCUAUCUGCCUUAUCCAAGUCGGCUAUGAGGCUCGUGACGGAGAAGAGGUUAGAUUUACACGCGCCAGAACUCUUCCUAUCACCCCUGACGGAUUAUGAUUUUGUGCUCCGGUUGAAUCCGAAGUACGUUUCCGGCGGCCGGAAGAAGAAGAAGGAUCAAGUUGUGUUUAAGAACCUUCAGGGACUAGGUCAGGGGGGACUCGAUGGUGAUAUGACGGGGUUUAAGCCCGCUGCUGCCUUUGUGGAUGAGUUGACCUGUUUGUACGGGCAUGCUAUUGUAUUUUUCCAUGGGGAUGGGGAGUCCGGGGGCGGCAUCAUUGCCGGAGUUUGGAAUCAGCAGACGACGAAACCACGGGGCUGGGGGUUGAAGAUUGGUUAUUCGACUGUUCCAUCGAAUGUUGAAGGAGGGGCGGAGGAAAAUGGGGCGGAGCUCAUGCCUAACAGGACAGCGAUUUUGAAUGAGAUUGCCACGAUAGGUGGCGAGCUUGUCGAGAAGAUUCAGGUUAAUCGGUAAAAAUACGAAUAGGUAGAUAGGAGAACAAAGUAGAAAAAUUUCAUUUAUCAAUACGUUAUAGAUUUUAACAUUUCCUCCUUUUUACAAUAAAAAGAGCAACAAUAAACUACACAAAAAAUAUAAGGGAAACUGACAAACGGUGACCUAAAAUAACGCCGAUGCUAUGUAAUCCCCCCCAUUCUCUCAUCAUUAGGGACAAACAAACGAGAUCCACACAUUAACCCAACCCCUC